AUGGGAGUCGAACUGUCUCUGGAUCCUCCGGUCUGUCCGAUUCAGGCCAACGGCGGCACUUCGAAGCACAAAAUCGUGAAUCAUUGCGACAAAAUGUUGGCCUACAAGAUCAAGUCGUCGAACAACUCGAACUACAGCGUCAACACCAUCUUCGGCCUCAUCCAAAUCGGCUACACCGUCGACCUGGUCAUCACUAGAAAGGUACUCUAAAUACGUUUAUAUAUCUCAGCUGUCUGUGGAGAUAUCUAAAAGUGGUCAACUGAUAAAAUGUGCACAAUUUUCUACUAAACAUUUUUUCAGUUGACAUCUUUUUGAUAUCUCUUUCGGCAACUGAGAUAUCUCGUCUUGAAGGCAGUGGCCUAGCUUUUUCUCGGCCAUUACACCCAACAUACUAUUUACAGCCAGGAAAACCGCAAGCGGACCGUCUCGUCAUCCAGUACGCGUCUGUGGAGCAGGACUGUCGCGAUCCGAAAGCGCCGUUUGCGGGCGGAAAUCCGGUCGGCGAAAUUUCCGGAGAAACCAUCAUUAAACUGUCGGCAGCCGAGUGA